UGUAAAUGCAGGAUACAUGGAAAUGCCGUCAUGAUCUUGAGGUCAGGAGCCAGCUGCUUGAUCACUCUAAAAGUAUUUCUGAGCGCGAGGUCACUGGCUAUUACUGGGUUGACCCAGCCAACAAGGAUGCAUACCUUAGCGUGGAUAGACUCACAUCUCCAGUCAUACAGCCUUCAAACUACCCAGACAAUGAAGUGCAAGAGGAAUCCAAGGCACGAGAAAAGUUUCAUUGUCUGACAGUUAUCAAUCGCUUUGAUUUGCUUCGCCAAUGGCUUAAGGUGUGUGACAAGCAGCAUUCAUGCAUGCAACACAGGCGUCAGAUCGUGCCAAAGCGCGUUAUUUACGUUGGAACGGAUCAUUCAGAUCAGCUUGAACUUCAGCUUUCUGCAAACAUAACACAUCCAUUUGAGUAUAUAACGCUAUCGCACUGCUGGGGCACACCGACCGAUGAGGAGAAGGAGCGAUUCUGUACCACAUCUCAAAACCACCCAAAACGGUUGAAGGGGUUUAGCUAUCACAGCCUUCCCAAGGUUUUCCAGGACGCUAUUACAGUGACUCGAGAACUGAAUAAACAGUAUCUUUGGAUUGAUGCUCUCUGCAUCAUUCAAGGUGACCAGAAAGACUGGGAGGAGGAAGGUACAAGGAUGGAUAAUGUAUUUGCCUCUGCAUACUGCACGAUCGCGUCAAGUUCAGCAUCCAGUUGGAAUGAUGGCUUCCUCAAUCGCACUGAGGUUUUCAGUCAAUCAGAGGCAGUCAGUUCUGAUCAAAAAAUCGUUGAUGAUUUUUGUAAGCUUGUUGAUGAAGGCCAACUGCAGAAACGAGCCUGGGUGUUGCAAGAAAGAGUACUUUCUCGCCGAACUAUCUAUUUCACUGCACAACAGACAUACUGGGAAUGUGGAGAGGGAGUUCGUUGCGAGAAUUUUAGCAUAUUAAGCUGUCCCCUUACUAGAUCAUUCCUACUUGACCCGCAAUUUCCUACUCGGCUUUUAUUUUCAGGUCAUAGAUCGAUAGCCUUAUUUCUCCAAGAGCUUAUUACGGAUUAUUCUCGUCGUGAUCUUACAUUCCCAAAGAAGGAUAAGGUAGUUGCAUUUUCCGGCAUAGCUGAGCGUAUUAAGAAAGCUCUAUCUACUGAAAUCAGAUACGGAGUCUUCUGUUGCUUUCUUCCUCGGCUCCUCUUGUGGAAGCGGGCUGGAAUGGAGAAUGAUCAAAUUUUUCACGAUAAUGAUCAUGUGCCGUCGUGGUCUUGGAUGCUUUAUCAUGAUAAAAUUGACUUUCUGAUACAAUCAGAUCUUCAAGUUCCAAAGCACCAAAGCCUAAGCUUUGACAACUCCGAGCGUGGCAUCAAUAUCGAAGUUCGACAGUUUGAAGAUUGUUAUACGCGAGAAAGGGAUGGAGAGUAUAUAAUAUUCACCGAUACAAAGGGAGUCGAAGUUACAAAGGAAGUCGAAGUCGGCAUCCUACAUUUCGACAUGGGUUCGGCGGCCGAGGUUGAGUCUCGAAACUGUGUCGUCAUCGCAGUGAGUGAAGAUGACGAUGAGGAUGACCCUAACAAGGAAUACUAUAUACUUGCCGUACAAAAGAAAUGGGGAGAGGAAGAAUAUAAAAGACUGGGAGUUGGACGAGUGCGAGCAGGCUACGUCUCGAAAGAAAGUACUUCUGGGAAGCUUCUAUAAUCCGGCUGUUUCCCUUUAUUCCCUGUCGUUGGACAACAGCAACAUGAUAACAAAGACACUGUUAUUGCCCUAGUUGAAUGAACCAUAGU